CGCUACCUGCGAUUGGACUUUGUACAUUUCACUUCCUUGUAUCACUUCUUAACAUAAAACCAUUUGUUCAACAAAAUUUGCUUUAGAAUGGCUACUUUUAGUGGAGUGGUUUGUGAAAUAUGUGAAGCUCAGCAUACAACAACAUCUGCAGACUUUUGGUGUCCAGAAUGUGACGAAAUGAUGUGUUCCGAAUGUGAAAAACAUCACAGUUUCGCAAAAGCCACUCGAAACCACGAAAUUAUCUCUAUUGAAAAUUAUCUGAAGUUGCCGUCAUCAAUCUCGAAAAUAGCCACAUAUUGCUAUGAACAUAAUUUAAAAUAUCAAAUGUACUGUCCACAAGACGACAAACUAUGUUGUUCAGUUUGUAUUGCAGAAUACCAUAAGAAUUGCUGUGGACUCAAGUCUUUGCAAGAGAUCGUAAAAACUUUCAAAGCAUCAGCUUUGCUAGAAAACAUUGAACAAAGUCUAAAGGAUAUGAUGUCUGACACCGACAGCAUACUGAAAGAUAGAGAACAAAACUUGAUUGUCAUUGAAAAACAAAGAAAACUGUUUCACACAGAAAUAAAACAAAUUCGCCAAAAAGUAAAUAACCAUCUCGAUUCAUUAGAAGAACAAAUUUUGCUGAAAUUGAAUACAGCUGAAACAGAAAUCAAGUCAAAGAUAAACACGCUCAAGACGCAACUUACAAAUAAAAGAAAGAGCAUAGAAAUCUUACAAACCAACAUGUCAGCGUUAAAAGAACAUGCUUCUGACCUGCAGAUAUUUCUUGGGAGUAAAUCGCUUGAGACGGAAGUAGAAACAGAAAUAAAAUAUUUGGAGUUGUUGUUUCAAGACGGUAGUCUCUACCAAAACGAACUAAAAUGCGACAUAAGUGAAAAGAUAUCAGAUAUAUUGACUACCAUUUCAGCCUUUGGAUCAGUGUCCAUAGAGACAUCACAACCAGCAAUAGUUUAUAAAUCUAACAAGAAGAAACAAGCUCAGAUUGUAUCUGCUAUACCGUAUUCCCCGAAGUCAAUAGAUGCUAUUAGCAUUUCUCUUAAAUCUAAAUUACCUUUUCGUUCCAUACCACAAUUUCACUUGCGAGGCUUUACGGUAUCACCAAGUGGAUUCAUUGUGUUGUCUGACACUUCUGGAAGACUAGGUAUCAUGAACUCUUGCGGAACCUAUGAUUUGAUUAAAAAGGGUUUGAACAGCUAUAACGAUAUCACCUUUGUUGAUGACAUUACAGUCGCUGCAUCUACACAUAACGCAAUAGAGAUCAUUAACCUUGAUUCUAAGGUGACCAAAAGAUUUAUUAGUAUUACCGGAGAAUGUUACGGAAUACGGCACUACAAAGGAAAAUUGCUUUGUAAUGUAAUGUCAAAAGGAAUUCAAAUGAUACAUUUAUCAAACGGGGAAAUCACUGAUCUAGUUAAACAAAGAGAUCUGGAGAAUUGGUCAUAUCUAGCAAUACACGAUGACAAAAUUUAUCAAACAACGUCCAAUUAUUUUGUCAGGUGUUAUACAAUGACAGGCGAACAGUUAUGGCAACACAUUCUUCCGAAAAGUGAGGGCUUGGCACGUGGCAUUACUGUUGAUAGUAACGGCAUAGUAUAUGUUGCAAAAUAUAAUACAAACUCCAUUGCAUUGCUUUCUCCAGAUGGACAACGUUGUAGACAUUUGCAAAUUAGUGAUGCGAAGCAACUAUGGGGGCUUCAUUUCAACGCGAUUACGAAUUUAUUUACCGUUGGCUGUUGGAACGGAACGAUUGUACUCUAUGACAUUUCGUAUUCCGAUUAGAUUAUACUAUGUAAUAUACAUUGUGAAUCGAUACAUAGUACAAACAAUACAUAGUUAAUUAUGAAACAAAAUAUAAAAGAGUGGACACACUGAAAUAUCCCACCUGUUUUUAUUUAAUACUUUUGUUGAAAGUCUGUAAUAUGAAGGUUUAAUACAGGUAUCACAUGCAUUUCUCAUCAUCAAUGAUUCAUGAAAAAACGUGAAGGUGAAAUGAAACCUGCCAGACUGGCAUGAAUACCUUACAAUUAUUACAUACACCAAAUAUAGUGCAUCAUUACCUAUGUAUUUAUGUUAUAGUAUAAGAAACACAUAACAAACCAGAAAAAUAGAUAUAUCAGCAGACGAAACAGAUAUUCAAGCAAUGCUUGAUAUUGCAUAUAAAUACUCUUGUGAGCACAGAUAUAAUAACUAUCCAACAUAAAAGUACUUUUACAUAGAGUGAAAGGUUCAAGUCAAAAUAUUCAUCAGAAAGUAUCAGAAUUGGAAAUUAAGCAAUACAAACUGACAACCAUGAGUUACAUUAAGUAGUCGUGCGAGCAUCCAAAAACUAAUCAAAUAGUUAUCAAAGACUUAUAAUUUGAUACGUCAGAUGCUGGUUUCGUCAACAUUAGACUCGUCAGUGACGAUCAGAUAAAAAUAGUUAAAACAAAAUAAAUAAGUAUAAAGUUGGAGAGCAUUGAGAACCCAAAAUUGAAUAAAAAGUUGUACCAAAUACUGAUAAGGUAGUCUAUCAAUUUUAUUUCCAUUCUCAAUUUUAUGUCUAGGAUAAGAAAAUCCGUAGUAUUUCGAAUAAUUCAAACUUAUACAAACAGCAAAUAUAUAAAAAAAAAUGACAAUAUAAUUGAUAUUCAUGUCAACACCAAAGUGCUGACUACUGGGCUGGUGAUGACCAAAAUAGAUAUACGAGAACAUAUGAGUAUUGCAACAAAGACUCGGCAGCAUUCUUUCAUUCCAGUGGGACUAAAUGGAAAAAGAGGUCUUUAACCAAAAACAUACAAAAUAUAUAUUUAUUGCACGUUCUUACAAGGUUAUUGUAUAGCCCCCACAUAGUUCAUCCGAUUAAAACACAAAUUGGAGAAUUUAACAUCAGAGUUACUAGAUAUUUUCAAUCACUUCCAUUAAGAACUACAACCGCUACCGUACAUAUGUUAUUGUAUUGGCGCCAUACCAUGUAAAGGAGAACUCCAUAAGAGUCAAGUAAGCUUGUUGUUUUUCAUCCUCGUAAGUGAAAAUAAUAAACUAAGUUUAGUGAAUGCAGGAACAGCUUCAUGAGUGUUGGCUUAGAAAAUCAAGAGUUUUUCGCCAAGUGGACAAGAAAUUAUCAUAGUAUAAUGCCUUUUCUUUAGCCGAUAAAAAAACUCCCAUUUUUCAAAAGAAAAAUCAACACAGCCAUAGCCAUUAAAUGGGCAAGUAAAUUGAAUUUUAAAAUGACAGAGAGAGAAAAACACUCUUAAAUUCUGCAGUAAAACAGCUCAAAAUACAUCGGACUCAUCCAGUAUGGAAAUCCUUGCCAUUAUUUACUACGAGGUAAACAAAAGUCACAAAUCAAAGCUCAAUUACUUACUGGUGCAAAAAAUGAUUUUAGAAUUUGAAAAGGAAAAUUCAGAAGGAAACCAGUGAGUACAAAAUGUGAAUUACAACACUUUAACUCAGAGGCACAGCUCUAAACGAAAAGAGAAAAAAAUAUCCAGAACAGAAAAAAACCACCCAAACAUUCUGUAGACUAGUAUACAAUAAAUGAAAUGAAAUAUUCCAAGAACAUCAAAAAUUGAUUAUCUAAAUACUUAAAGACUGCACAACACUGGCUCAAGAAAUAAACUUUAGUCCUGAGAAAGCUUUUUAAAUCGAACACCUCAGCAGAGAUAUAUAAUUAUGAUUCCAUACUCAGAGAAUAUUGGUGCAAAAAAAGAAGAUAAAACUAUACAAAGUGGUGUUGACCCAAUGGACACUAAUAUGAAGUAUAAACUUGCACAUUAUUUUAUACUUUUUUAUAAUUUGACUUACAUUUUAGUAUGCUAUAAUUCAAAUAUGAGAAUUUUAAUUAAAUCGUUGAACAUGAAUUUGACAGCUAAUGCCACUUUAAGAUUUUAAAUAAAACAAUACA